AUGGGUGGGGGUGUCGGUUUAUUUACACUCGCACUCGGGCAAGACCCAUUCGGCGAGUGCUCGGAAAAGAUUCCCUUCGUGGUUGUGAAACACUCUGAGCCUUCCGUGGUGGUGAAACACCCUGAGCCUUCCGUGGUGGUGAAACACUCUGAGCCAACCGUGGUGGUGAAACACCCUGAGCCUUCCGUGGUGGUGAAACACUCUGAGCCAACCGUGGUGGUGAAACACUCUGAGCCAACCGUGGUGGUGAAUCACUCUGAGCCCUCCGUGGUGGUGAAACACUCUGAGCCAACCGUGGUGGUGGAACACUCAGAGCCAACCGUGGUGGGGAAACACUCUGAUCCCACCGUGCUGGUGAAACACUCUGAGCCCACCGUGCUGAUGAAACACUCUGAGCCCUCCGUGCUGGUGAAACACUCUGAGCCAUCCGUGGUGGUGAAACACUCUGAGCCAACCGUGGUGGUGAAACACUCUGAGCCAAACGUGGUGGUGAAACAGUCUAAACCUUCCGUGCUGGUGAAACACUCUGAGCCAACCGUGGUGGUGAAACACUCUGGGCCAACCGUGGUAGUGGAACACUCUGAGCCGUCCGUGGUGGUGAAACACUCUGAGCCUUCCGUGGUGGUGAAACACUCUGAGCCCUCCGUGGUGGUGGUGAAACACUCUGAGCCAUCCGUGCUGGUGAAACACUCGGAGCCAACCGUGGUGGUGGAACAGUCUAAACCUUCCGUGCUGGUGAAACACUCUGAGCCCUUCGUGGUGGUGAAACACUCUGAGCCCUCCGUGCUGGUGAAACACUCUAAUUUUUCCGUGGUGGUGAAACACUCUGAGCCUUCCGUGGUGGUGAAACACUCUGAUUCUUCCGUGGUGGUGAAACAUUCUUGA